AUGGUGACCACAAACCCACUCGCUUCUAUACUUGACAAGAAUUAUUUGGCUGGACCCAAUUUCACUGACUGGGUGAGAAAUUUGAGAAUUGUUCUCAAUUCGGAGAAAAUCGGGUAUGUUCUUGAUCAAAAGAUACUAGACUCAUUUCCUAAGGGUGGGACCCAAGAGGAGCAUGUCACUUAUGAUAAAUGGUGUGAUGAUGACUUAAAAGUUAGGACAUACAUGCUUGCUUCAAUGAAUAAUGAAUUGCAGAAGAAGUAUGAAACUAUGGAAGAUGCUAGGUCGAUCAUCUUGCACUUAAAAGAAUAUUUUGAUGAGAAUGGUCGAACCUCUAGAUAUGAGAUAUCUAAGGCAUUGUACCAAGAGUUGGCUAGGCUUAAUCUUGUUGUGGAUAAUGAGUUAGCUGUGGAUUUGAUCCUCCAAUCUUUGCCCGAUUCCUUCUCUGGUUUUGUCCAAAACUUUCAUAUGCACAAAAUGGAGAAAAUUCUUGCUAAGUUACAUAGCAUGUUGGUAGUUUAUGAGAAGGAAAUGCACAACACGAGGCCCAAUGUGGUGUCUAUGGCUAAGGCUUCUUCUUCAAAGAGUAAGACUGUUUUGAAGAAAAAGAAAUGGAAAAGGCCUAUGAAACAUGCUGUGCAAUCAAAGCCCAAGGUUGAAAAAGGGAAUUGUCACUACUGUGGUGUUAAAGGGCACUGGAGGAGGAACUGCAGGAAGUACCUCGCGAGCUUGAAGGUCAAGCCUAAGGACCAACCUUGCGAAGAAUCUGUAAAUAAGCAGGAUAUUGGGGCGAAAUGA